GAGAGAGGCAGGGGGGUGAGCGCGAGCAUGCAACGGACAGAGAGCCGGUAGAGCGCGAGGGAGAGAGCGACAGCGACGACCGCUGGGCCCGCGCCUGACACGGACGACACGGGGAGCAGGAGGGCUGACAGGCUGACAGACAGGCGGACACACUGAAUGACGUCACACCUGGUGCUUCCGAGGACAUUCCCCAUGUUUUGAUCCAUUUGAUUUUUUACUGUCUGAACUUGGUUUGACGAGACAUUCUGCCAUGCCAUCCAACAGCCCGACUGCCAGCGAACCACCCCACACCCCGGAGGACGACCACUCCAACAACCUGAGUGAAGACGGGGUGGGCCAAGACAGUCCAGAGGAGGGGACGCCAGCUAGCCCCCCCACUCCCCGCAGAGUGGGCAGGCCCGGCAGGAAACGCAAGCAGCUGCUUCCUGAGAUGGUGAACUCUGACCCUUGUGUGAAUGCCCCACCAGAGGAGACUGACCCCUCCCCUCCUCACGCAGGACAGCAUGAACCAGAUGACAGGACCUGUGACUCUCCCAAAGAGUGUGAGGGUGGAAGGCUGAGGAGAAGACCAGUUCCCAGAGUGACUUUCCAGGCAGGAGACCCCUACUACAUCAGCAGGAGACAGAGAGAUGAAUGGCUCAGUCGCUGGAAGAUAGAGGCUGAGAGGAGGGCUUACCGGGAGGCAGAGAUGAGCAUGAUGGAUGACCUGUCACAGGGCGACUUUCAGAAGGAGGAGGAGGAGGAGGAGCCAGCUAGUCCAGCCCCUCCCCCUGCCCAGCAGCACACAGACCCAGCCUCGCCAACGGUUGCCACGACGCCAGAGCCUGUCACCAGAGGAGAACAGACCAAGCCUAGUGAGGUGGAGUACCAGGAUGGCAGAGGCUUUGGCAUUGGUUCACUGGUUUUUGGAAAGCUCCGGGGUUUCUCGUGGUGGCCUGGGAGGAUUGUGUCCUGGUGGAUGAGCGGCCGAAGUCGGGCUGCAGACGGAACCCGCUGGGUCAUGUGGUUCGGGGAUGGCAAGUUCUCUGUGGUGUGUGUGGAGAAGUUAAUGCCCCUUAGCUCCUUCUCGUCUUCCUUCCACCAGCCUACCUACAACAAACAAUCCAUGUAUCGGAAAGCCAUCUUUGAAGUUCUACAGGUGGCAAGUACCCGAGCCAGCUGGCCACUUCCCUCAUGUGAUGCGGGGGAUGAUGCGGAGGGCCAGGGAGUGGAGCUUCAGACCAGACAGAUGAUAGAGUGGGCUAUGACUGGUUUCUUACCAAGUGGUCCUCAAGGACUGGACCCUCCUGAGGAGGAACAGAAUCCAUAUAAGGAGGUGUACUCAGAAAUGUGGGCGGAGCCUGAAGCUGCAUACACACCUCCUCCUGCAAAGAAGCCCCGCAAAAACUCGGCAGAUAAAGCCAAGAUCCGAGAGCUGAUCGAUGAAGGCACCAGAGAGAGACUCAUCUGUGAGAUAAAGAAAAAGACCAGGAACAUAGAAGAUAUCUGCAUAUCCUGUGGCAGUCUCAAUGUCUCCCUGGAGCAUCCUCUCUUCGUGGGAGCCAUGUGUCAGGGCUGUAAAAACUGUUUUCUGGAGUGUGCUUACCAGUAUGACGAUGAUGGCUACCAGUCCUACUGCACCAUCUGCUGUGGGGGCCGGGAGGUGCUGAUGUGUGGCAACAACAACUGUUGUAGGUGUUUCUGCGUGGAGUGUGUGGACUUGUUGGUAGGGGCCGGCUCCGCGGCGACAGCCAUCAAGGAAGACCCGUGGAACUGCUACAUGUGCGGGCCCAGCAGCGCGUGCGGCCUGCUGCAGCGGCGGGACGACUGGCCCUGCCGCCUGCAGCACUUCUUCGCCAACAACCACGAGCAGGAGUUCGAGCCAGCCAAGUUGUAUCCUCCAGUCGCGGCGGAGAAGAGGCAGCCAAUAAGAGUCCUUUCUCUCUUUGAUGGUAUCGCCACAGGUCUGCUGGUGCUGAGGGAUUUGGGGAUCCAAGUGGACAGAUAUGUGGCAUCAGAGGUGUGUGAGGACUCCAUCACUGUCGGCAUUGUGAGGCACCAGGGACGCAUCAUGUAUGUUGGCGAUGUGCGCAAUGUCACACGGAAACACAUCCAGGACUGGGGACCAUUUGACCUGGUGAUAGGAGGAAGCCCCUGCAAUGACCUCUCCAUAGUAAACCCUGCACGGAAGGGACUCUAUGAGGGAACAGGACGGUUAUUUUUUGAGUUUUACCGCCUGCUCCACGAGGCGCGGCCCAAACCAGGCGACGAGCGGCCCUUCUUCUGGUUGUUUGAGAACGUGGUCGCCAUGGGAGUCAGUGACAAGAGAGACAUCUCACGUUUUCUAGAGUGUAAUCCAGUGAUGAUCGAUGCCAAGGAGGUGUCUGCUGCCCAUCGUGCUAGAUAUUUCUGGGGUAACCUACCAGGCAUGGCCAGACCCCUGACACCCAUGGUCAACGACAAGCUGGACUUACAGGAGUGUCUCGAGCAUGGACGCACAGCCAAGUUUGAAAAGCUGCGGACAAUAACUACACGUUCGAACUCUGUGAAGCAGGGUAAAGAUGAGCAUUUUCCUGUCUACAUGGAUAACAAGGAGGACAUCCUCUGGUGCACCGAAAUGGAGAGGGUGUUCGGUUUCCCCGUCCACUACACAGACGUGUCCAACAUGAGCCGGCUGGCCAGACAGAGGCUGCUGGGACGCUCCUGGAGUGUCCCCGUCAUCAGGCACCUCUUUGCUCCGCUCAAAGAAUACUUCGCCUGCAACUAAACACACAUCAACACACAUCAACACACACACACACACACACACACACACAACCACACAAUGAGUUAGUCACCCACACAGGUGACGAGAUACACAGACAGCUGACGGCAGACAAGGGGUCAUGCAGAGAUCCACAGGCAACUAGGCACAUACACAUACACACAUACACAUUGUAAAGGACUGCUUCUUCCGGAGUCCCUCUAGUCCACUGGCUAACCUUAGUGUCCUGGUGCUAUCCUGCUCCACAGCAACGGUGAAGCUUCAACAACCACACACUCUCACACUGGUACCAAACGGUUUCUGACCAGAGGGUUUCUGUCACACCCGUACACGUCAGACCUGUAUAUGUCAGACCUGCACAUGUCAGACCUGUACACGGGUGUCUGCUGGAAGUGAAUGUCCAGGGGGCAAGUUUGCAAGGAUAACCGAAGUUUCUGGGAUGUUUUGUUUGUUUUUUUUUUGUUGCUGUUUAUUUAAAUCAACACACCAAUGAACAUAGUUACAGCACUGCUAGUGUAUCAAACACAAACACACACACACACACACAAACAUAUAUACCAAUCAAAGUUCAUGGUGUUGGUCAGGGAGUCAUAUAAUUCAAAUGGUGCCACAUUACACAACACUUUGUCAUCGGUGCU